CCAUACCACUCCUGUCGUUACCUGUGCUCCUACAAUCUAGGCUGAUCUCUAUAGCUUCAUCGUUAAUAGAUGUCCGAGGUGAACAGUGGCUUGUUUGACGCCCUCAAACUGCUCAAGGGUCGUCGUGAACGCCUGCUUGCUUCACCUGACUACUGCAAGAAGCGUGCAAGUGUAGCCAUCGUCAUUGGCUGGAAGCUACGUGGCUCCUCUAGUAUCAAUCACAAAGUUGAGCCUGUAUCUAGCCUCGAUGAGCUAGCUCGCCAAGAUUGGCUUGCUGAGGCUGAGCCGCAUAUGCUAUUCAUUAAACGUGCUAGUCGUUCCGGUGAUCGCUGGACUGCUCACGUUGCCUUGCCUGGCGGUAAACGCGAGGCCGAUGAGACUGACGAGGCAGCUGCCCGUCGAGAGACGUUGGAAGAGGUCGGAUUAGACCUCACAAAUGACAAUGCGUUACAUAUUGGCUCGCUUGAUCAACGCGAAGUCAAAACAAGCUUCAAUACACACAUGCUGAUGACUUUGUGUUCCUAUGUCUAUGUAUUGAAGCAGCCGGGUUUGCCUGUGCCUGUUAUUCAGCCGACCGAGGUUGCCUCUGCUCACUGGGUAUCCCUGGACAAUUUGCAAUCACUCGCCUCGAGGACGGUUGAGUACGUUGAUGUCAGUACCCGCUUGGCGCGUCAAGGCGGCUGGCUCGCAGAGAAACUGGCCACUCCCAUGUUUGGUCGCAUGCGUUUCGCCGCCAUCAAGCUUGACCCGACCAAAUCUGUUCCCGAGGGUUCAGCCAAUGGCAUCAACUUGCUCUGUUGGGGACUGACACUCUCUGUGCUCACUGACUUUCUCGACCUCAUCCCUCCCCAUACAAGCAUCGCAACAUGGCAAUUUCCAACCUUUGGCGCCUGGGACUUGCGCGUUGUAUUGUACCUCAUGACACGUCGUGCACGUCAGGCCGCGAGGCAGAUCAAGCGUGCCACAUUAACGCAUGAUGCAGAUAUGGACUGGGUGGGCGUGGCUAUCCGAGAGUACUAUUCUGCCGUGCGUCCAGCAAUCGUCGUUACCCUGGGUUUGCGGGUCGGUGUGCUAGGUUCUCUUAUUUAUGCUUGGCGAAAAGGUUUCUUUUCCAGGAGAAUAGCUGCAUGAGUUUAUCUGAUCCCGAACGCUUCAGUCAUUGCCUUGCUUGUGUAUGGCAGGGGUUCUUCAUCAAAAGCAUCG